GUGGAUAGUACUGAGACCAUCAAAAAGUAUUGUGUCCUGGUCUCCUAUGUAGGAUCUCAGUUUGAUGUGGAAGGUAGCUAAUUUUAAACUUCUUCUUCAAGGUUAUAUUUGUUGAGCUAAAGUGAAAGUACCAGUCAGUGCGUAGAUUUUGGGAGGCAAAUUAAGAGGCUGAAUUUGUAAUUGAAUAUGAUUUUCUAUCUUGUGGAUACAAGAGGCUGAAAUUGAUUUCAUGGAUAAUUGCAUUAAGUAACAGAAUGAUUCUUAGCCUUUGGUGAGAACUAUCGGUGUAAUGGCAAGUGGCAUUACUUCUUGCUACCAAAGCCGUGUUGGUUGAGGCCAUUUCUAUGCAGAAAUCUCUUAGUGUUUUCUUUUUCUAUUCUAAUGUUACUCUAGUUUGUGGGAGGUCUGAUCACACGAAAGAUAUGGAGUUGGAGUGUCGCAUUUUUCAGCCCAUGAUGUCUCCUGUGAGACUAAUUACAGGAGACAUCAUUACAGGUAAGUGAAUUAGUUACCAUGUAGAAAAGAAAUGUUAUGGCCUGCCAAAUUAAAUAGCUAUUCCCCUUUAGAUGGAUAGGUAAUGUCAGUAAUGUUCAUUAGUAUGUUUGAAGCAUGGAAAUAUUGGCAAGCAACUGAGAAAAGUACUAAUCAGUGAUAUAUUUUGUAGGUGGUCAUGCAGAUAUACUCGAUAAAAUUGAAAGGGCAGUGACAGAAAGCUGUCUUGCAGCACAAGGUGUGUGUGAGCAAAGGUAUGAAGCAAUGCUUGAUGUCUCAAUUUUAUCUUAAAAUGUAUAUGAAAAAUAAUGUAAAGAGUGCAAAGGUCACAAAGCCUCACUCUGUAACCCUUAAUGCCCCAUGCCUGAUAGACACUGUCUUGUGAAAGAGGCAAUAAAAUUUAUUAUGUUAGUGGUACCUGUAAAAAUCAAUCUUUUAGCUGUCAUAUAAGUUAAAAUAAAAUCUUUUUAUACCUUUAGAAAACUGUUGGAGGAUAGAAGAGAGUUCCGAAGAGUACAAGAGGAUGAACUCAGACAA